GCGACAUGACAUAACCUCACAUAUAAAUAAUUUUUGUUGUUUACAUUUUACAUCCCUUACAAUAAUUUAUUUAUUAAACAAAGCUUCAUCAAUUUUAUCAACAAAAUAGAAAUAACAAAAUGGAAAGUUUAAAAAAGAAAAUUGGCUACUGGUAUAUGCGUUAUUUGAUAGUAACUGAACUUUUUAUGGUAGAACAAUGGGAAAGAAACAUCUUUCAUGGCGUAGCCCUAAUUUUACUAGUAAUUUUGGGACUCUUUAAUCACCUUUUAGUAGUCGAAGGAGUAAGACUGAUAAGGCAACUGUAUUACCAAUACAGCCACGAUAUCAAUGGCAAUUUGACUGCAAAUAUGGGUCCCACAUCAACAGAAUUAUAAUUAGUAUUAAAUAAAUAAAUAAAGAAUUGUUUUAAAUUAUUAUUAUUAAUUUUAAUUUCCUCCUUAUAAAGCAAACGCCAUCUAUUAAAAAAAACUCGAAUUUGCAAACAAAAUAAAAACCUAACCAAACUUUGAGUUCAAAAAUUGGUCAAUAACAAUGUAAUAAUAUAAAAUUUAGUGCACAGAAUGCUAUCAAAAUAUAAUUGCAAGCCUCAACUAACAAAAACCCUUACCACAUGUCUCAAAAGAGUUUUAUCUUCUACAGAUCAAAAUUCUGACGCUGUACAGCCUCCUAAUGAAGCCAAAGUUGUUGUUUGUGGAGGAGGUAUUAUGGGGGCCUCUGUAGCCUACCAUUUGGGCCAAUUGGGCUGGGGCCCCCAAACUGUUUUAAUUGAACAGGGCCGUGUUGGAGGUGGUACUACAUGGCACUCUUCAGGCUUAAUAGGAGUUUUCAAACCCAGCCACUCGCAAGUGACUCUCACAAAAUCAAGCGUCGCCUUGUACAAAGAACUGGAAAGCAAAGGCCUGACAACGGGCUGGAAACAAUGCGGAAGCCUCAAUUUGGCCAGGACCAGAGAUAGACUGGUGACUUUUAGGCGAAUGAAAGCGCAAUCUGCGGCCUGGAAAAUUGAUUGUGAAAUUUUAACGCCAGAUCAGUGCAAGGAUAAGUGUCCGCUUUUGAAUGUUGAUGAUUUGUAUGGUGGUAUUUGGAUACCAGGAGAUGGUGUUGGAGAUCCUUAUGAAACUUGCAUGUCGCUUGUUGGUGAAGCCAAAAAAAUGGGAGUUCAGGUAAUUGAAAAUUGCUCCCUAAAAAAAGUCAUACAAGACAAUGGUAAAGUGGCAAGUGUUGAAACAACUUUGGGCUUGAUAAAAUGCGAUUUUUUUGUUAAUUGCGCUGGGUUUUGGGCCAGGGGUAUAGGACAAAUGUCGGAACCUUACGUUAAAGUACCUUUACACGCUGUCGAGCAUUAUUUUUUACAUACCAAACCUAUACCUGGCUUAGAUCCAAUGACACCAGUUGUAAGAGAUCAAGACGGUCAUAUUUACUUCAGAGAAAAUAACGGACGUUUAUUAGCUGGAGGGUUUGAGCCUGUAGCAAAACCCGCCUUUGAAGAUGGAAAAAUUCCUGUUAGCCCUAAAGACAGACAACUACCAGAAGAUUGGGAUCAUUUUCACGUCCUACUCGAACAACUCCUGCACCGUGUACCAACCUUAGGCAGCGCUAUUUUAGAUAAACUAUGUAACGGGCCUGAAGCGUUCAGUCCCGAUUGUAAAUGGAUAGUGGGCGAAGCCCCAGAAAUAUCAAACUAUUUGGUUGCAGCUGGAAUGAAGACAGUAGGCAUUUCAGCAGCGGGCGGUGUAGGCAAAGCGACUGCAGAACUAAUCAUAAACGGAGAGACUGAUUUCGAUAUGUACGAGCUGGAAGUUUCGCGAUUUCUGGGUCUCCACAAUAACAGAAAGUUUUUGAGGGAUCGAGUCAAAGAAGUACCUGGAUUGCAUUACGGCAUGAAUUAUCCUUUUUACGAGUUUCAAACUGGCAGGAAUUUGAGGAUGUCUCCGGUGUAUCCGAAAUUGCGAGAAGCCGGAGCAGUUUUUGGACAAGUUAUGGGCUACGAAAGGCCUACUUGGUUCGAUCCUGAAUUAGUUGGAGAACAGGAAACUUUUGAUUAUUCUGCUCCUUAUAGAAUAGCUUAUACUAAUACUUUUGGUAAACCUCCUUGGUUUGAUUAUGUGGCAAAAGAAUACGCUGCUUGCAGGGAAGGUGUAGGUAUAAGCGAUUAUUCUUCAUUUACCAAAGUUGACUUCUGGUCUAAAGGCAAUGAAGUUGUCGAUGCUCUUCAAUUUAUUUGUUCAAAUGACGUGGACGUUCCUAUUGGAAGUAUUAUACAUACUGGUAUGCAAAAUAGGCGAGGGGGUUACGAAAAUGAUUGUUCUCUGGCUAGAUUAUCACAAAACCAUUACAUGAUGAUCGCUCCAACAAUCCAACAAACUCGCUGUAAAGUCUGGCUACAAAAACAUCUACCACCAACUGUUACUAUCUCAGAUGUCACCAGCAUGUUUACAGCCUUGUGCAUCAUUGGCCCUUUUACCAGGACUUUGUUGUCUGAACUCACAGACACCGAUUUGAAUCCUAAAAAUUUCCCAUUUUUCACAUUUAAAAUGUUGGAUAUUGGAUUGGCUAAUGGUAUUAGGGCCAUGAAUUUGACUCAUACUGGAGAAUUGGGAUAUGUUUUGUAUAUUCCUAAUGAAUUUGCUCUUCACGUAUAUACGAGCUUAAUAGAUGCUGGGAAAAAGUAUGGGAUAACUCAUGCCGGGCAUUAUGCUACUCGUGCCCUUAGAGUGGAAAAGUUUUACGCCUUUUGGGGGCAAGAUUUGGACACUACCACUACGCCGCUAGAAUGCGGUAGAGUUUGGAGAGUUAAGUUUGAUAAAAAAGUCGACUUUAUUGGAAGAGACGCCUUGCUGAAGCAACGAGAUGAGGGUGUCAAAAGAAUGUACAUUCAGUUAUUGCUAGAGGACCACGAUAUGGAAACUGAUUUGUGGCCAUGGGGUGGAGAACCUUUUUAUCGCAAUGGAAAACAAGUGGGAAUGUGUACUACAACAGGAUAUGGGUUUACUUUUAAAAAACAAGUAUGUCUAGGAUUUGUAGAAGACAUUGACGAAAAAGGCGAAAGACAAAAAGUCACCAACGAUUUUAUAAAUAACGGUCAUUUCGAGGUGGACGUUGGCGGUAUAAGGUACCACGCCAAAGCCAACAUUCACUCACCCAUUUUACCUACAAAAUAUCCAGAUAUGGAGCGUGACGUUUAUAGAGCUACCAGGGAUAAAAGUGAAGAGCACAAAGAUACUGCUAACCAAAUAGUUAAAGCUAUUUAAAAAAAACCAAUAGUCACAAAUAAAAAUAUACUCGUACAAAUCAUAAAUAGUCUAUUUGUUUUUAAAGUAGGUAGAUUUAUAUUAGCCAAAAUGUGAUGUUUUUUAAGCCAACAAUUCAAUAAAAAUGCAGAAAAACUCCAUGAGCAAUAUUUAUUCAUUAUUAUUUUCACAAAAUUAUCCUAGUGAUCAGUCCAGCUGCGAUAGUGACGCCUCCUACUCUCAACAUGACCCUCCCCAAUUCUUUACAGUCACUAUAAACUUCGAGGGCAAUCAGUUUGGAGACUGUAAUUUCAACUAUAGCACUAGAGUUUUUAGUUAAGAAUCUAGGAUGCUUUUUUUGAAGUUCUCCAGUACUUUUGUUCAGUUGCGAAGUUAAUUUGCUCACAACUGCAGGUUCAACAAGAGACUGAUGAUGC